UAUUCAAAAACAGUCACGAGCCUCUGCUAUUGUAGUAGAUAAGUAGACUAGAUGUAUUGUUAUUAUUCUGUUUAGCCCAUUCAGUAGCACAUAGUUAAAAUACCCCUGGUAUAUGACAUUUCAAAUGGGUGAAACCGGUGAAGUCCCAGCUCCCGUUUCGACUUCAGAGAAACCAAAAAGACAACCGAGCUCCAGGAACUUGAAGAGGAAGUUUUCAGCUGAUGAAGGAGAGUCUACCCCCGAGAACAACAACAACAGCAGGAGUCUGACACGGUCACUGCGAAGAGGAAGCUCCUUCAGCUUCCUCACCCCCGGGCCACAAUGGGACUUCAGUCUGAAACGGAAACGCAGAGAGAAGGAUGACAGUGACGCAGUCAGCCUCUGCAGCUUCGACUUUAAGGAACCCAGCACUAAGCGGGUCCGUCCUCUCGGCAGGGUGACGUCGCUAGCCAACCUCAUAUCUCCGGUGAAGAAUGGGGCCGUCCGGCGCUUCGGCCAAACCAUCCAGGCCUCUUUCCGGGGCGAUGGCAAGUCGCCGGGCGUGCCCCAGAAGCCUUGCAGCAAGGCAGCGGCCCCCACACCGCCCAAAAGGAGGAACAGCAUGCUGUGGUCAGAGACGCUAGAUGUCCACCAGAAGGGAACUUUCUCUACCAAAGAAAUCAAGCGGCAGGAGGCCAUAUUUGAGCUGUAUCGUGGAGAACAGGACCUGAUUGAGGACCUCCAGCUCGCACGCAAGGCGUACCACGACCCGAUGCUGAAGCUCUCCAUUAUGUCAGAGGAGGAGCUCACGCACAUCUUCGGCAACCUGGACGCCUACAUCCCUCUGCACGAGGACUUCCUGGCGCAGCUCACCAAAGCCACGGCGCCAGACGGGACUGUGGGCCGGAUCGGACAGAUUGUCGUAGACUGGCUGCCAAGGCUUAACGCUUACAAGAACUACUGCAGCAACCAGCUGGCUGCCAAGGCGCUGCUGGACCAGAAGAAGCAGGACCCGCGCGUGCAGGACUUCCUGCAGCGCUGCCUCGAGUCGCCCUUCAGCAGGAAGCUGGACCUGUGGAGCUUCCUGGACAUCCCGCGCUCGCGCCUGGUCAAGUACCCACUGCUGCUCAAAGAGAUCCUGAGACACACCGCGGCAGAGCACCCGGACGCCGCCAGCCUGGAGGAAGCGAUCACCAUCAUGCAGGGCGUGCUGUCUGACAUCAACAUGAAGAAGGGAGAGUCCGAGUGCCAGUACUACAUCGACAAGCUGGAGUAUCUGGACGACAAGCAGAGAGACCCUCUGAUCGAGCAGUGCAAGAGCCUGCUGUGUCACGGCGAGCUGCGGAACAAGAGCGGCACGAAGCUGCAUGUGUUCCUGUUCACCGAGCUGCUGGUUCUGACCCGCCCCGUCACCAGGAACGAGCGCCAGUGUUUCCAGGUUUACCGGCAGCCAAUCCCAGUGCACGAUCUCCUGCUGGACGACCUGCAGGACGGAGAUGUCAGAAUGGGUGGAUCCUUCAGAGGCGCUUUCAGCAACUCAGACAAAGCCAAGAACAUUUUCCGCGUGCGUUCCCAAGACCCGAGCCAGGCGCAGUCCCACACCCUGCAGGUCAACGACGUCUUCCACAAGCAGCAGUGGCUGAACUGCCUGCGCAGCGCCAUUUCCGUCCACCGGCCGCUCGGCGAGCCCUCGGCGCCGUCCCCACCGGCGAGCGACGCCCGCUCCAAGCGCCGCCCGUCCUCCAUCUCCGCCAUCGUCCACAUGGAGGAAGCGGACGAGAACUGCCUGCGGCCGACCUCUCAGUCCGCCCCCAGCACGCCGUGCAACAGCACGACGCCCAGCCCCACCACAAAGUCCCCUCUGUCCCGCUCCUCCUCGUCAGCUUCGUCGUCAACGCCGUCGUCGUCCUCUUCGACGUCGCCGCUCUCCUCGCUCACAUCGCACAAAACCAAAAAGGACAAGAAGUCUCUGUGCUCUUUAGGGAAAAGAAAAGAGACUAUGGUGUGAAGUGAGGUGAAAAGGAGAAAAAUGGACUCCUGGGUGGACAUUUUUGUAAAAAGACAAACAACGUGGAGAAGCGUGGGACUUGUAUUUAUGUGUGUCUGCGUGCGUGCGUAUUAUUAAAACAGUGUUCUGUGUUACUGUCCUCUUCGGCAGCUAUUUACCUGACCCCCUCCAUCCACGUGCAUCCCACAGAGAGACAGUAUUCUGGAGAGACAUGCACGGCUUCCACCAGCUCUGAAAAGGGAAGCCCAAUGAGAAGCAAACGCACAUUUCACACACAAAUCUGUGUGUGUGUGUGUGUGUGUAUCGUGUUGACAAGGAUAGAGUUGGUGCAUUCAAUCCUGUUUACUAUUAAUUUGAUAUUUAAGCAUUAUUUUAGACCUUUUUGGGGGGGCUGAUGAAAGUUUUACACUUUUAUAUUCUAAAAUGUAUUGUAGUAUUUUGUAGGUAUCAUAAAGCAGCACUGUUUUAGCUUUUAGGUGAGGUUGUUUGAAAUUGUGAGCAUGUUUAGCAGGCAAGAAAGGAGGAGAACCCCCCCUAAAAGAUGAUGAUGUACUACACAAAGCUCUCUGUAAAAGUCUGAUUUUGAGAUUAAUCAGAAGACACGUCUUAUUUUUAUACAUUCCUUUAAUGACAGAUAUAAGGACCUGGACACUUUUUUUCUGCAUUUACUGCAGUCAGAGGCAUUAAUUUAAAUCCAGUGACAUAUGAGACUUCAGUCUCUCUCCGUUUGAACAAACAUCACUAUGAAGUAUAGUGGUCGUAAAUCAUCCGAUGUCGAAUCAUGACGAGAGAUGAGGAGUUUUGUUUUGAAACAAAAUUUUGAACUGAGCCAUGUUGGUUUUGAAAAAGCGGAUUUUUCAGGAUGAAACGGAUCACUUUUCAGUGUAGCAUCUUGCAUGGAACUUUAGUUGUGGACACUGCGUGUAACAGUAGAGGCAGCAGGAUGUAUUUACACAGACAGUAAAACAUGUACAAGAUGGAAAUAAGAGAAUGUUGUUGAAGGCAGAAGGGAAAAGAGAAAAGAUGGAUAAAGCUGUGUUUUGGAACUGAAAUAGAUUGCCAAUGCAAGAUGUUUAACUCCAUUAACUUCAUGUGUAAAUGAUGCGAUAUCUUGCUCAUAGAUGGAUGAUAGAUGGUAAACAUCAAGUGAGUGAAAUCGAUGGAAAAAAGUAUGUAGGGGAAGGGAUACACAAAAAGGUUUUUGUAAUGUGCACAAGAUGAGAAAAAGAGAAGAAAGAGAAAAGGGCAACUUGUUGCUACGAACUGUAUGUAAUUAAAGAACAAUAAAGAUCUGUGUAAGAUUUGCAACUGAA